AUGGACGAAGAAAUCGAUCCAUUGACACUUCCUUUUGAGGAAAGAAUUGUUCACAAAGUAUGGAAAGUCAGGUUAGGCGCUUAUGAAGAGUUAUCAUCCCAGUUUAAACAAUCACCCCACGAGAAUGAUCCCAUAUUCAAUUUACAGCCACCGGACUUACUCAAACGCAUUAUAUUAGACUCCAAUGUGGUUGCCCAAGAAACAGGAUACAAGGUGCUUAUAGAUUAUUUGCAAUAUGGAGGAACACCACAGAAUGUUCUGCGGCUAGUUAAAGGCAAUGAGAUCAUUCCAGCAAUAUGCGAAAAGGGUCUUUCUUCAUCGAGAAAGGGAACCAAGGAUAACGCAAUUGAAAGCAUAUUACUCAUGCUUGAAAUUUUACAGGAUCCCGCACCUUUAAUUGAACAGAUUCUUCCUUCGCUUACUGCCAAGUUGCCGAAAUUAGUCGCUGGUUGUACAACGUGUUUGGCCACUAUUUACGAAAAUUUUGGAUGCAAAGUGAUUGCACCAAAAUUGGUGAUUCCAUCAUUAAGCAAAUUAUUCGCACAUGCCGAUAGAAAUGUACGAGCAGAGGCAACAAAAUUAACCGUCGAGUUGUAUAAAUGGAUGAGAGAAGGGUUGUCUAACAUAUUAUUCCCCGAACUUAAACCAGUCCAACAAAAGGAUUUGACAGCUGCAUUUGAAAAAGUAAAAGACGAAAUGCCAAUGCAAAAAAGAUUGACAAAACAACAGAAGGAAGAGAUUGUGAGGCAACAGGAAGAAGAAGCUGCUGCUGCUGCUGCAGCUGCUGAGGCGGCGGCGGCGGCGUCGACAACUGCUACAAACUCUAUUGAAGGUGCUCGAAAUCACGGUGAUGAUAUCGAGAUGGCAGAUGUGUCAAAAGCUAGGGAAUUUGAUCCAUUAGAAUUUGUCGAUCCAGUUGAAGUAUUGAGCAAAUUUCCCACUGACUUUCAUCAAAGAGUCCUGUCUGCAAAGUGGAAGGAUCGUGUUGAAGUAUUGGAAGAAGUGCUUGCCGUGUUGAAUAAGCACCCCAAACUAGUAACUUCUGAUGACUAUGCACCCUUAAUACGAAUAUUUGCCAAGAACAUGAAGGAUGCUAAUAUCCAAGUUGUCCAGUUAUCAGCAAAUUGUACUGACAAAAUAGCCAAUGCAUUAGGUUCGCACUUCACUCGAUACCAGUCAUUGAUCUUGAUGCCUGUUAUUGAACGAACAAAGGAAAAGAAACCUUCUGUGGCUGGUGCACUAGACACGUUGCUCGAUACAAUGUUCAGUAUAUCUAGCCUUGGAUCCGUACUUGAUGAAACAAUCGAAGGAAUGAAGUUAAAAGUACCACAGAACAAAAUAGCUUGUGCUAACUACUUGAGGAGGUGCUUAGCCAAUACAACAGUUCCUCCAAAACAUGCGGAAGUAGAUUCCAUAGUUGAAGCGGGAGUCAAAUUGUUGAGUGAAUCACAAGAACCUAUUAGACAAGCCGCUACAGAACUUAUUGGAACGUUAAUGAAAAUUACAGGUGAGCGCCAACUUAGUAGAGCGCUUGAGAAAGUUGACGAUAUCAGAAAAACAAAAAUUUUAAAGUAUUAUCAAAGUGUGGAAGUAAAAUGCUCAAAAUCGAGUACUAAUGUCGGAGGUGGUACAGGUUCCAGAGCCAUUGGCAAUGCUAGUGCAAGUGCAAAUGCAAGUGCAAAUACAGGCUCGGGUAGAACUGCAUAUUCUUCUACUACCACCACUACUACUACUACUACUACAAAAAAGUUUUCUUCCUCGCGUCCAGCCUCUGGUGGUCAUGUCAACUCGACUAGUAAUGCAUCAACAAUUCCCGCUAAGCGUACUGCUGUAUCACCUGCUAAACGGCUUGAUGAUUCCAAAGUAAGCAAUUUGGGUAAAGGUUUAACAGCUAGAUCAUUGGCAAAGCCUACUAUUCCAUCUUUGCGUCCUCCUCAAAACCACGCCAACUCUUUAUCGUCAAAUUCUGCGGGUUCUUUCAAUUCUAUAGAGGCAGCUAUUCCCUCUCCUCCCACUUUACCAGAUAGGAAACAAGAGGAAAUAGAUCAUCUCAAGGCGGAGUUGCAAAAACUUCAUCAGCAACACCAGAACGACAAAGCAAGUAUUGCCGCUCUCACUAAUUCGAAUCAAAGUUUACAAGCAGAACUUGCUGCUCUCAAAGCGCGACUCGAGUCUGAGAAUAGAAACAAUACAAUAACCAUCAAUCACAAGGAAACUCAAAUUAACAACCUACGAGUUGAGUUGGAAAAAGCCAACUACAAGAUCAAAAACCUUGAACAAGAAAAUGAAAUUACCAAGUUACAACAAUCAAACAAACUGUUUAGCAGUAAUAUUUCUAGCCAUAGAGUCUCGAGUUUACCCAUAUACAAUGGCCCAGACUUAAGUUCAGGAGUGAAACGAUUAUCAAUUGGUGGAGACGAAUCUCAACUGCACCUACACCUGCACUCGCUGUAUCAACUGCAAGUACCGCAACAACACCAACAACCACAUCCUCAACGCUUUUCAAGCAACGGAGGUGGAUAUGUGACUCCUGACUCUAGUCUGUAUAGAUCACGAUAUUCCCAUGCAAAUAGAGAGAUUAUGGACGUUGAUAGUGGUGAUGAUUGGAAACGUGCUGCCGAGGUAACUUCACAGUUGAAGGCUAGGAUCGAGAGAAUGAAAGCUAGAGCUAGAGCUACACAAAAUGUGGAAACAUAA